UCACUAUUUGAGGUUUUAAUUGUGCUUGUGUAAAAAUUGUGUAAAAAGUCCAUGAAAAGGACUAGAAUUCAGCUAAAAAGUGGUGUGCUGUGCACUAAACGCUUACCAACGUUAAUUGCCAUAUAAUAAAUAAUGCCUGCUCAAUAAUUCCAUUGAAUAAAACAGCAUUCGUUCGUCAAAGCGAAAAAGAGGCUGUCAACAAUUUUCGAGACGCAGAAGAAAGGAUACCUAAUAUUGGCGUUUUUGUCUGUACGGGCAGCAUGGUCUCUACGCGCCAAAUGUGUGGCAGUGGCAGUGCCGGUGGAGUUGAUGAUGCGCCAACGUCCAGCACAAGAGCGUCUGUGGUGCGGCGCACCACAAUCUAUCAACAGCAAGUGGUGGCAACAACAACUACAACAACAACAACUGUGUUGCUCGCUUCAACCUUUUUGGACCUGCCACCGGAGCUGAUCAUGAAAGUGAUGGGCUACUUGGAUUAUAAGAAAAUCAGCAAUCUCAGAUUGGUGUCCAAGCGCUUGAAUGACAUUUGCAUGAACAUGCUAAACGCAGCGUUCUCCAGGCAAAUCAAGACCACUAUGAAUCGCUUUCAGUCAAUCAAAGCGAAUAUGCCGCGCCGUGAAUCUGCGCGUCGCAAUCAUCCGCUGGCUUGCGAAUGCGACAUCAUUGAGACCUGCUACAUGCGACUCUCAUUGCUGCAAAUGUCCAUGGGCAAGCAUAUAGAACGUGGCCAUUGUUGCUUCUUUCCGGGUGCUAUACUGGAUGAGGUGAACUCAAUUUUGAAUUAUAUCAGUAUUACACCACGUUUGCAACGUCCAUUUCGUGUUACCGACGAACUUUUUGAUCUCUCCACCAUGGCUAUGGAGUACUUUAAGGAACGCAUUGAGCCCACGUUGCCUGGCCUGGCAUAUUUCAACAAGGACUUUUUCCCAUUGCCCACACCCACAAAACGGCCUAUUUUGGCUAUAAGCUCAGAUCUCGCCGACAGCUCGAACAACUCACCACCUCAGAAUCAUAUGGUCCUGCGCAAAGGCAUACGCAAAAUUAAGCAGGGCAUGAAAAUAUACAAUAAUCAGUUAUCGGUGCUGCGCACCGAUCUACGCAAUUGCAAACGCAAGACAGCCGAUCAGAGCAAACAGCUCGCAGAGCAGCAAAAUCUAUUGGCUGAACAUCAAAAGCAAACACUCGAAUAUGCCAGUCGACUGGACGAGAAUGAUAAGAAGAAUGAGGAAAUGGCACGCAAAUUCUCAACAUUGUUGCAGGAGCUCAACAAAUGUAAAACCGAAUUGCAAUUUUGGCGUUCCAAAAGUCCUGCCAUACCGUCAGUGUGCAACGCUUGCAAUCAAAAGGUGGCGCCUUUAUUGCCUCCCGAUGAUUUGCAGGCGCUUGUUAAUCAAGGCGUUGCACCGGAGCAUAUAUUCAUAAUCAAAGAUGAGGCGACUAUGGAUGCCGAGGGCAAUGUGGAUGCGGAGGGCGAUGAGGGUGUGCACAGUGAUGUAAGCGGCUGUGAGUUGAGCUUGGCUGGCGACAAGCCAUUUACCUCGCCGGAUGAAUCUACCACAGCCAAACUGUUGGCUGUUAAUCGUAACGUAAAGCGCAAAUAUGCAACGACAGAUGCUGAUGGCGUUGUUAACAUGUCCAAAGCAAUUGCGUCCAAUGCAAUACCGUCUACAUCAAAGGCUGCAGCACAGCAAACAAAUAGUGCCAUUGCUGGCUGUGGAUACUCGACGAAACUAUUUUAUGGCAAUCAUCAGCGCGAUGGCGUCAUUGUGAGUCCAGUGUCCAUGAAGCUGGCCACUGUCAAGGGCAGUCACGACGCCAUAGAGUACUUGCCGUCAGCGGCUGCACAACAGCUGACAACAGCUGAAGCAACAGCUGCAGUCAAUGGCAUUGGAGAGAGAGCCGUGGAGAGUCUUGGCGAGCCGUUGGAAUCGAAGAAAGCACGUAGAGUACAAAAGGCCAAUCGAUGUGUGCAAGCACAUGGCAAACGCAGUAAAUAAGCAUUAAAAACAUAUACAAAUACAUUUUUUUACUUACACUAUAUACAUUAAUUAUACAUAUACAUACACAUAUAUAUACAUAUAUAUAUAUUUACAAAAAAGAAAAGAAGGUAAAGCCAACAAACUUAAAUUGUUGGUGUGGUGAGAACGAGGAGUUGGAAUCAAAUUAAAUACAUAAAUAUAUAUACAAACUCACACAAACACACACACAAUCAAGUGCAUACAUACACAUACAUACAUAUAAAGCGUUAACUAAACGUUUACAAUGUACAGCAUAAAUUUUAAUGAGCAAAAGGAUCAUCAUUAUUAUUAUAACAAAAAAAACCUUUUCUAUAAACAAGUAAAAUUCUUUCUUUCACACACACACACACACACACACACAUAGUUAUAGAAACUUUUUCUAUAUCAUCUUUGGUUCUGUAUGUAGUAUGUUGUCGAAAUGUAGAAACAUGAACAAACAAAAAACAUUAUUGCUAAGUUUAAAUUCUUAAAAAAAAAUGUUUAAUUAAUAGAGGCCUCACAAA